AUGGAGUUCGGAGCAAAGUUAAACACGGAUGUUCUUCACAGCCCCGAAAAAUUCAUUCAGCCGGGACAUAACAAAAUGCAAAGACCGCCAGAUCUCCGUCUCCGCAAAAGAGAACAUAAGCCUUCUCUGCGUGAACUCAAACAGAAAUUUGACCCACUACGCUUCUACGCCCGCAUUCUCUCAAUCAUCGAUGACUCGAACAUCCCUGUCGAGCUCCUGCUGACCAGCGACAAUUGCGUGACGAUCGCAAUUGACUCGAACGCUGUUAGCGAGGACGCUGUGAAGCGCGCCCAGGCUGAGAUGCAGCCGUAUAGCCGUCCCGCCUUGUCUGGGGAUAUGGUUAUGCUCUCGGUGAAAAUCGCUUCGAAACUUCACUGUAGCGAGGUUUUGUCUUCGACCUUCUCGAUCUUGAGUGCUUGUUGCAUUCCUGUGCAUAUGAUUUCCCUGGCUGCUGAUGAGCCGAUUGUCUACUGUGUCAUCAGUAAAUCGGACGUGUCGCGGGCACAGAAAACGCUCUAUUCCAAUUUACAUCAGCACUAUGCGUGGUGGAACUGA